AUGACGAUUGGCGUGGAGUUUGGACAUCGCUUCGUUGAUAUCGAAGCAGAGCGCAUCAAGCUCCAAAUAUGGGAUACAGCUGGGCAAGAGGCUUUCAGAUCAAUUACGCGCGCCUACUACCGUGGUGCGACCGGCGCGCUGCUGGUCUACGACAUCACGCGGCGGAGCUCCUUCGAUCGGCUGGCCCAGUGGCUCAUGGAUGCACGGCAGAACGCCCAGCCGAAUAUGGUCAUCAUGCUCAUUGGCAACAAGUGCGACCUCGACCGCAGAGAAGUGAGCUUCGAAGAGGGCGCCUGGUUUGCCAGACAGAACGGCCUAUUCUUUCUGGAGACCUCCGCGAAAACAGGCCAGAACGUGGAAACUGCUUUCCUGGACACCGCAAAGCAGAUCUAUGAGAGCCUGAAAGCGGGAUUGUUUGACAUGACUUCGGAUGCUCAUGGGAUUACCGUCGGCCUGGCACCGACGAUCCGGCCGCAGCCGCAGCCGGUGAACUCCCUGCAAUUCGCAUGCUGUGGCACCGGAGGCGGUUAG